AUGGAUCAGAUCGAAUCUGCGGAGUACAAUGGCUUCGAGACCGCCAACGGAAACUCACACAACGACCAUGGCUGGAAGAAGGUAGUGUACCCGCGACGCAAUCGGAAGCAGAAACCGGCGGAUCAGGCGGCGAAUGGCACCUCCGGAAACCUGGCUCCCAAUGGAGCUUUAGCGAACGGAGACAACGUCUUCCGUUCCCUCGAGGAGCAGGCCGGAGAUCGCCAUCGACGGAUCCUCGCUGCGAAGAAGGCUGCCGAUGCAUCGGACGGUUCCGAUCUGACGAGAUCUAAACACCGAUCCAACGGUUACGGCGAUGAGGGGUAUGAUUUCGACGAUAGCGACACUGAGAUCGCGGCGGGGAAGGAGAAUUUGAAGGCGGAGGCAGCUAAAAAGCCCAAGGCUAAGAAGGAGAAGAAGCCUAAGGUGACGUUAGCAGAAGCUGCUUCUAAAAUCGACGAAUCAAAUCUCGCAGCUUUCCUCGUCGAAGCUUCGGAAUCAUAUGCGAGCCAGCCAGAUAUUCAGCUAAUGAGAUAUGCUGAUUACUUUGGGAGAGCUCUCUCUGGAGUGUCAUCAGCUCAUUUUCCAUGGGUCAAAACGUUCAAGGAGUCUCCUUUGUCGAAGCUGGUCGAUAUUCCGCUCUCUCAGAUUCCUGAGGCUGUUUAUAAAACAUCAACCGAUUGGCUCCACCAACGUCCCAUUGAGGCGCUUGGAGCAUUUGUAUUGUGGGCUUUGGAUUCCAUUCUUGCAGACUUUGCUGUACAACAAGGAAGCGCCAAGGGUGGUAAGAAGGGCGGCGCACAACACGCCACUUCGAAAUCUCAGGCCUCCCAAGGUGACCUAUCAGUAGGUUUGUACUCGUGGGCGCACAACUUGUUACCUGUGGUCAGUAGCAAGAGCUGCAAUCCUCAGUCAAGGGAUCUCAUCCUUCAGUUGGUUGAGAGAAUCUUGUCCAACCCAAAGGCAAGGACCAUACUUGUAAAUGGGGCUGUUAGGAAGGGAGAGCGAUUGAUUCCGCCUCCUUCAUUUGAGCUCUUGGUUCGACUUACAUUCCCUACAUCAUCCGCAAGGGUGAAGGCUACAGAGAGGUUUGAGGCCAUAUAUCCUGUGUUGAAGGAGGUGUCUCUUGCUGGUGUACCUGGGAGUAAGGCAAUGAAGCAAGCCACACAGCAAAUAUUCACUUUUGCUCUGAAAGCAACCGGUGAAGGAAAUCCCAUAUUAGCCAAGGAAGCGGCUGCAAUCGCUAUCUGGGCUCUCACCCAAAACGUUGAUUGCUGCAAGCACUGGGAGAAUCUCUAUAACGACAAUCUGGAAGCCAGUGUCACUGUUCUUAAAAAGCUCAUAGACGAGUGGAAGGAGCGUGCGGUGAAGCUGUCUCCUGCUGAAACCCUCACUCUCAAUCGAGCAAUGAAGAGCUUGAGGCUAAAGAACGAGGAAGCUCUUGCUGAUGGAGGAGCAAGUGGUGCAAGCCAGGCUCUUUACAAAGAUGCAGACAAAUGCUGCAAGGUGAUCUCUGGGAAACUCUCCAGCGGCAGUGGCUGCAUCAAAGGCAUAGCUUUCGUUGCAGUUCUGGCUGCUGCUGGUGCUGCUGUUCUGUCUGCCAACCCCGAGGCUGUAGCUGAGCUGAAGAACCAGGUGGAGUCGUGGGACCUCAACAAAUUCACCGAGUCAGUAAUGGCAGCUUUUAAGAACUAA